AAUAGAUGCUAUAAGGUAAAGAAACUUUAAAAUAAGACCCCAAAAAAGGCAACACACAAAACAGAUGAAAAGACAAUCCUGAAACACAUCCCUAGCACAGCCACCGGAAAACUUCUGCCACACUUUCAUCUUCUGUCAUAGCACAGUAUCCAGGCUUCCCCCUGGUAGCAGCCCUGAGAAAGCAUCAGCUCCCAUUCUCAUAGCAGCGCCCACUCCUGGUCAGUGACAAGCACCAAAAAAGCCCUCAGAAGAAAGCAAACAAAAAAAACAAAAGUGAAAACAGAAAAAGGAAAUACUCUACAAGAUGGUGAUGAAAGGAAAGCCAGGGAAUGGGCAUAUAAAAGUGCAAACCCAGCAGCACCUCAAGCACAUCAACCACCACUACCGAGCCAGACAAGGCUCCUGCACAGCGCCCGAAGUUCUGCCAUGGCUCUACCUGGAUGCGCACAGCCCUGCCUGCGGCACAGCACCCUGGCACUCCUGCUCCUCAUCGUGGCUCAUGCCACCAGCCUCCCAUGUCAUCACCUGCGGACCCACGAUCUAGGGGAUGCCCUGCAGCUUCUCCAGGACAUGGCUCCAAGUACGACACAGCCCUGUGAUCUCCAAGAGCGGCCCUUCUUCCCUGACACCCUCCCGCACAACAACCUCCACCCGCGCCAAGCUGCCGCCACCGCCCUACGCAUCCUCCAGCACCUCUUCCACACCCUCAGCAGAAGCAGCAGCAGCCAGCACUGGCCUGCACAGCCUCGCAACGACCUCCUCAACAAACUCCAGCACCACAUCCACCACCUUGAACAAUGCCUCCCCAAAAAUGCUGCACUCUUCAAAGGACCACGCAACCCGCUGCUCACCAUCAACAAGUACUUCAGGGACAUCCAGCUCUUCCUCCAUGCCCACAACCACAGCGCCUGCGCCUGGGACCACGUCCGCCUCGAAGCUCUUACCUGCUUCCAACACGUGGACAGACUCAUACGGCAAAUGAAGCACCAAGCUGCUCUGGACUCCGACUAAACCCAUGGACAGCAAACACCCAUCCCCAGCCAGCACCAGUGGCCAUGGAUUGAGUGGUGAGCAGCCCAGGCUGGGAUCACUCAGUACCAGUCAGAUCUCUUCUGACCAGAAUGGUGAGCUGAUGGGGAAAGGGGUAUGACUGUGGUGACACUGGGGUCAUUCUGUGGCACUCCAGCCACAGUCACUGGAGAGGAAGGAAGAGGAAAUUUCUGCGCUACACAUUCAUGUACAGAUGGGAGGUAUUGGGGAUAUGGAUGGUACUUAUUACCCGCGGAAUUACUGCAUUCAUCCAGACUUGCAGCCUCACGUGAUGAAUGGGAAGGGGAUUACGGACACUGAGGAACUACUGUA